UCUGUACUUCUCCACAACUUUGUCCUUGACCUGUUUGGAGAGCUCCUUGGUCUUCAUAUUGCCCCUUGCUUGGUGGUGCCCCGUGCUUAGUGGUGUUGUGUGUGUAUAUAUACUGAGAUCAUGUGACACUUAGACUGCACACUAUUUAACCACUGAUCUAACUUCUGAAGGUAAUUGGUUGCACCAGAUCUUAUUUAGGGGCUUCAUAGCAAAGGGGGUGAAUACAUUACCACUUUUCAGUUUUAAUUUUUUUUGAAACAAGUAAUUUUUUUCACUUCACCAAUUUGGGCUAUUUUGUAUAUGUACAUUACGUGAAAUCCAAUUUUAAAUUACUGGUUGUAAUGCAACAAAAUAGGAAAAGUGCCAAGGGGGGUGAAUACUUUUGCAAGGCACUGUAGGUAUAACAUGGAAUUAAUGUGAUAUACUGGGCCACGGAUGUUCAAAAUGCCUUGUUCCCUUGCUGCUGAAUCUAUUAAUAUUUCUAUGAAAGCUUCUCAUCUACUGUGGGAAUCCUCUUGCCAAAUUCACUUCAGAAAGUGACAGCUGUUAGCUGUCAUGUUUUUUUAAUCAACUAUCUUCCCAUAGCUUGGCAGCUUAUUUAAAGGGGCCUUACGGAGAGGGAGUGCAGAGUUAGUCUUAUGCCCUGCUAUGCUGCAGUGCAAGCCUAGUGGAAAUCCUUGGGCCUCGACUUCCUCAAACUCCUGUUUUGGUUCUUUCAUCCCAGUACUGUACCAGGGGUAUAAACGUUCCAGUGUUGACCAAUAAAAAUCCCUGGGUGAAGACAUCAAACUUGUACAAGUUUAGUUGAUGUAGAAUGAGCUAUUGGGAGCACUUGUCGACUCAAGCAUAUGCCAUAAUUUUUUUGUUCUCAUUAGUAUACAAGAAUACACACUUGGACAGGCUUGUUGAAAAGAGUGGCCUUUGUCCUCUGGAACCCCUAAGAAGAAGGAUUCCAUCAGAAUUCAAAGCAUGAAGCUGGCAUUCAGGUGGGUGAGAUUGAGAGUGACUGGAUGCGAGAAUUCUUUGGGACAGUCCAGAGUCACAAACCACGCUUCAUCGCCCUGCAUUUCCAGGAGGUUGGAGGGAAGGACUACAUGGUCAACAUGGGCCAUGCAGAGAACUUCUUUUGUAACAUUGAGUCCAAUGAGGAGAUGAGGGACUUUGACAGGGUCUGCACCUAUGUGGACAACCACUUCAAGAACGUGGACAGCUUCACUGCCUUGGGAAGCAUGUACUUCAUCCAUAAGUCAUUGAAAAACAUCUACCAAUAUGAUUUUAAUGUUAAGGAUUUCAAAGCAGUGUCUGGACAGAACAAGUAUGUAGGCUCCCUGGAUGAAGUAACCACAGUGGAGAAAGAAAAAUUCCUGAAGAAUUUCUGGCCCGAUUUCAAAUGGUCUAGGAAGGGCUUUAUGAGGACCCGGUGGAUCAUUCACAACCAGGGUCUGGACCUAGUCAACGUACACCUCUUCCAUGAUGCCUCCAACCUCAUUGCCUGUAACGCCAGUCCCUCCAUUUACUCAGACAACCGCCAGAAGGCCCUGAGAUAUGUCAUCAACAGGAUAUCAGACAGCAGCUACACCCCACUCCCCUUCUUCCUGUUUGGGGAUUUCAACUUCCGCCUGGACACCCUUAGCCUGGUCCAGAACUUGUCCACUUCAGCAGUGGUGCAGACAGUGAAGAAGGACAGCAGUAAUGAGGUGGAAAAAAUUAUCUGUGAGCAAAAGGACAAUGACCACAAGGUUCUUCUCCAUAUUGAGACCAAGAUAUUUGCCUACCUGCACCAGGCAGUGUUCACAGAGGACAACGGCAGAGCGAUUCUGAAGUAUGACAAGGAGAUCUCAGCCUUUCAUGAUGUCAUUACAGAGGAAGACAUUCUGUUUCCACCCAGUUACCCAUACUGUGAGGACUACACUAAACCCACCCAGUACAUGAACACUCGCUGCCCCUCCUGGUGUGACCGCAUUCUCAUGUCUCACACUGCCCAAGAUAUCAUCCACAGGAGAGAUGAGGGAGCGAGCAGUGUUGUUUACAACACAAUGGGCCCUAAUGUCUGCAUGGGAGACCAUAAGCCUGUUUUCUUGUCCUUUGCACUGAAGACGCAUGGCCAUUGACAAGGAUCCCGCUCAAUGGUAUGCCAGUAUCUAUCCAACACAAGUCCCACUGGCCAUCACCAUCACACUCCCACUCCACUAUCUGUACCAGAGGAUAAACAGAACAGCUCCUAGCCAGUCACGGGACCCAGCCUCUCCCUGAUGUACAUGCAGUCAGUCAGUAUCCACCCAACCAGGUUUCUCAUGUUCUCUUCUCCUCUCACUCCAAGUUAUUGAUUGCCAUGGCUUGGGUGACAUCACCACAGAUUUGAUCAUCAGCAUUAUGGAUUUUUUUGACGGACAAUUUGCUCUGUCCUGUGCUCGGCCAUAUAUCUUAAAUUGUCUGACCCCAAAAUACACAGAGAUGCAGGGGUAUUUUCUGGAGUCCUACCUUCAGUGCUCAACCAUUGGAACCAGAGUAUGUGUGGCAGUUUGCUGGAUGGAAUAGGGCCAACGAAAAGACAAUGUGGGACUGCUGGUCUUGUCAUGGAGGGCACCGGUCUGUCCCAAUGGGAUUAAAGAGACAUGUGAGGGGACACACACUGGAAUCUUGCCAAGUAAAUACCCUAACUUCAGCUGAUCAAACGGUUUUCAAGUGUCAAGGGUCUUCGGUUAAGUAUUCCUUCUGACAUCCCUGAAUGGAAUAUGCAUGCAUGCUUUUCAGUUGUAUUUUAGUAGUCUUUCAUUUUACCUAUUUAUUUUCUAACUUUUAACUGGUUACUAUCAAUAUAAGUAUGCUUAAAUCAAAUAUUCAGAAACACAAUAAACAAAAGCUACCACAGUAUUUCAAAACACCGUCAGCAUGUUUGGCCAGGUUGCGUCCCUCUUCAGAAUAGAGCAGUAGCAUAAUACACAUUUCUCUGUGCAUU